GUCAUUCGUCACCUCGUGGCUUAUACCGGAUCUAUCCUAAGCCUCUGCCCAAUCCCAGAGAAAUCAGUGAGCGACUGUUCUCUGAACAGAGCGGUCAAACGGACGACGAUGACAAACACUCUCUCUUUCUGUGGUCCUUCGGACAGUUCGUAGACCACGAUUUGACUUUUACUCCAACAAUGGAUGAAGGUGGUAAAACUCUUCCUUGCUGUGACGAGAAAUACAAACGUAAUAUAUCGACCGGAUGUUUUCCUAUUAUACGUGACGUACAAGCAAAAGAGGAGUGUAUGCCGUUCGUAAGAUCCGCACCAGCUGAGGAGCCCAGAAGACCCGAUACUUGUGGGACGGAUCAUCGCGAACAGAUUAACGAAUUGACAUCCUUCAUAGACUGUGGUAACGUUUAUGGAAAUACUUUAAUCGUGUCGAAAGCUGUGGAUGCCGGCGUCUAUGGUUUAUUGAAGUCUUCCAACAGGGGCCGUAAUCUUCCAAGAGGGAAUCCAAAUCAUUGCAAAAAUGGAAGGCAAGAUGCUUCCUUUUGUCAGCUAGCUGGAGACAUACGAGUGAACGAGGUGCCUUCGCUAGGACUAAUGCAUACACUUUUCUUUCGCUUCCACAAUAUUUUGGCCAAAAAACUGAAUAUCCUAAAUCCAAAAUGGACGUCAAAUACGAUCUAUCUUGAGACGAGACGCAUUAUGGGAGCGGUCAUGCAGCAUAUUAUAUAUAACCAUUGGCUUCCUAAGGUUAUCGGUCCUGGGUUAAUGAACCAAUACCGUCUGUAUUCUUAUCCAGCGGGACAAGAAGCUAGUUUCCGAUACUAUGAUACCAUAGAUCCAAGUAUUCUGAAUGAAUUCUCAACGGCUGCUUUUCGUUAUGGACACGACCAGAUUCCUGGUUUUCUGGAAAUUAACAAUGCAAGAUUUAAGAUUGAUGAUGUUCUCAUGGAAACUCAAGAAAUAAUUUCUGGUGGAGGCGGCAAUCUCCGAUCAUUAACAGAACAUUUAAUGAGAACACCCGCCAAAAAAGUGGACAGUCGAUUCGAAGAGGGAAUUCGGGAGCGGCUUUUUAAGACUGGCGAGAAAGGCUUGGAUUUGCCCGCCCUUAAUAUACAGAGAGGACGGGAUCACGGAUUGGCCCCUUAUGUCAAAUAUAAAGAGAGAUGUAGACAAGGAUAUAGGGGGCUUCCUGAUCACGAGGAUGAACGGAGGAAUAAGUUACUGGAGAUAUAUGGCGGGUAAAUGUGUAAUUUUCAAAAAAUGACAAUCUAAUAUUUCAACUUCUAAUGUAAAGC